AACAAUAUGUUAACGGCAGCAUUAUUUUAUCUUCAAGAAGCAUGGCUAUUCAAAAAGGAAUAUUGUGCUGGAUACAAACUGUCUGCAGCAUUAUGAUCGUUGUUACAGCACUUUCCACAGCCUCCAAUGAGACAACAGAGGUUCAAUCCAUUUCUUCCCAGUCAUCACAUAAGACAGCAUCACCUUUGGCAGGUAGAUUAACGAAAACCACAACAAUUUCAUCUACAUCACAAAGUACACCAUUCGAAUCAGCAACCACACCAGCAGAACAAACAACAGACUCAAUAUCAUCCCACAUAACUACAACUCCAGAAUAUACAGACUCCAAUGGGACAACAGAGUUUUCCUCCAUUCCUUCCCAGUCGUCAAGUCAGACACCAUCACCUUUGGCAGGUGAGUCAAUGGAAAUAACAACAAUUUCAUCUACGUCACAAAGUACGCCAUUUGAAUCAGCAACCACAGCAGCAGAGCAAACAACACUCUCAAUAUCAUCCCACAAGACUACAUCUCCAGAAUAUACAGGUGGGCCAACAGAAAUAACAACAAUUUCAUUGACAUCACAAAGUACAGGAACCAUACCAUCAGAACAAACAGAGGCAAUAUCAUCCCACAAAACUACAACUCCAGAAUAUGCAGAAACAGAAUCAUCCGUAUCUCCAAACUUUAAAUAUAUUUCUUCAUCAGCCUCCAAUGGGACCACACAGAUCCAAGCCGUUACCUUCCAGGCUUCAAGUCAGACACCAACACCUCUGCCAGGUGGGUCAACAGAAAUCACAACAAUUUCAUCUACAUCACAAAGCACACCUUCCGAAUCAACAACCAUAUCAUUAGAGCAAUUAACGGACUCAAUAUCAUCCCACAUAACUACAACUCCAGAAUAUACAGCCUCCAAUGAGCCAACAGAGUUUCAAUCCGUUUCCUCCCAGCCAUCAAGUAAGACAGCAUCACCGUUGGCAGCCUCCAAUGGGACAACAGAGUUUUACUCCAUUUCUUCCCAGUUGUCAAGUCAGACACCUUUGGCAGAACCAGAAUCAUCCGCAUCUCUAAACGUUAAAUAUGAUUCUUCACCAGCGUCCAAUGGGACAACACAGAUCCAAUCCGGUUCCUCCCAGCCUUCAAGACAGACACCAGAACAUUUGCUGGGUGAGUCAACGGAAAUCACAAUAAUUUCAUCUACAUUGCAAAGUGCACCAUAUGAAACCAUAACAUCAGAGCAAACACAGACUCAAUAUCAUCCCACAUAA